AGACAAUUUGAAAUGAUUGUUUAAUUAAUAUGAAUUAAAUCAUCACACCUGCGGAGAAAUCCCAUGUUCUGAUUACGUCCUGUUGAGAAUUUUUCACUUGUAUUGAGACAUCACCAGUUGUACUUAGCUAGUUAAGUACCACAAAUUUAGACCUAUCUGUAGCGCUCAGGGCCGUAGUAUUGAGGGUUAUUUAAUGUGCCAAUAUACAUUUAUUGCAUGAUAGUGAGGGAGAUAUGAAGAUUUAUUCACCCAAGAAAAAUCAUAUUCCCCGAGGGCAAUCCUCAUAUCUCCCGAACAUUUAUGCAAUAAAUUGUUUAUUAUACCGAAACAAAGCAAGACUCAAAAGUGCAUUUGAAAUUGGAGACCGCUCAUCUAUACAUUGUAUGUAGCUGAGAUCGUCCUAACGGUAACACCGUGCCGUCAACGUAUUACGGUAGAAGGAAGAGUCUGAAUGAUGACUUGAGGACAGGAUCUCCAGUUUUGACUUUCCAAACUAAGGAGUAACAUUCGUGAAUGAGACAAUGAUGAGGUCAUGAAACUUAGGGAUCCAAACUGAUACUGCGUGGGGGUAUUACAUCGAAAUAAGGAAGUUUGUGAUAACUCCAAGCAACAUCCACGCAGAUUCUCUAUUUGCUCAGAGUCUUGAAAUUGGAUAUGAAGAAUGAGUGCCAAGAAAAUGGUGGCUGACUCCACACAGGUGGAGCCAGAUCCCCUCCUGACCUCUUCCAAACGAAAGAAAAGUUCACAAAAGAAGAAAAAACACCAGUCCACUAAAAAGAAAAAGUCUUAUAAAAGUGAAGAUGAGGACUCGGAUCUUGACUUAGACAAGGAAUUAUUUUCCAUUGGAAACUACCUUAACAACAGACAAGAGAUGGUAGGGCAGAUGUUUCACAGCUUGAGAGGAGCCACCUUAAAAAGACAUAUCCCUGAUAUUCUAAAGGAGAUGACCAUUGAAGAGCUGAAGGAGAAAUGUGUAGAACAUUUAGAAGUGAUGUCAAAGAAAAGAAUUCAAAGAAUACUGGCAGGGGAUGAUCCUGCUAAUAUAUCUUCAUCAAGUACUGAAGAUGAAAAUAGCGAUGAAGAAAAUAAUUACCCAGGUCAGCAGACCGAGGAGAGGCCAUAUAAAACAGAAGAGAAUAUUGCCGACUCCACAUCUCCAACGUCAUCAGGGAUUCAGGGUCUGGGAGGCAGGUCAGUGGUCAUUCAGGGGAUUCAGGGUCUGGCAGGCAGGUCAGUGGGGAUUCAGGGUCUGGCAGGCAGAGAGGUAGAAAGUGGACAGGUGGAGGCGACAGGCAGACAAGCAGAAGAGGAGGAGACGCCAAAUGAUAUCAAGUCAGAGGAUGGAAACAGUCCUGUUCAGCAGGAAAGUGAUGGAGAGGAAGGGGAGGAUGGUGGUGAAUUGUCGGUUAACCAGAUGGAGCUCUUAGAACUGGAGAUGAGGGCUCGAGCCAUUAAAGCCAUGCUGCUGGCCCAGGAACAAAGAGACAAACAGUCGUAGAAUGGCUGACACUGAGUCAAGAGCUGUAACUCUCGGUGACUGCCUCUUCCAAGAGGAGAGAACUCUUACAAGAAUAAACAAUAUUACAUGUAUUGCCAAGCAAAGAAAUUGUUUAAGGUCACCCAGGUGACCAAUUGCAGUCUGUUUUUUGUCCAUUCUUUUGUGUUCACCAAACUUAUUGUUAUAAUAAUUAGAGAUGCCUAUGAGAGUGAAAUCCAUGGCCUUUGGAUCAGGUGUUUUAAUUAUUGGGUAGGACUCGAUGUCUCCUAUAUUGAAAAUGCAUUAUCUAUUUGCAAACAGCCCUCUUGACUCCUGAAAAUUUAACAUCCAAACUGACUGCAUAGUAAUAGUGAUCAGAGAAGCCUCUGUCAAACUUCUGAAAUCCAUGGCCCCUGGGUCGGUGUUUAAAUUCUCGAGUUUGGCUGUAUGGAUCAUAUGGUGAAAGUGUAUUAUUUCAUUCAAAGCCUUUUUUCUUGACUCCUGUAUCAAACAAGCAGGCUGAGUGCAGCAUGAUGAUAAUAAACAGGGCAGCCUCUACUAAAUUGUGAAAUUCAGUGCAGCUAUUGGGUUGGGAACUGAAGGGUGGGGGGUCUAUGUUUCAUGUAGUUAUAAUGCAUUAUUUAUUUAUUUUUUAAUUCUUCUCAAGUCUCGAUGCCAAACAAAUAUAACAAGUGAUUGUAAUAAUCCUCUGUCAAGAUUGUGCAACUAUGUCAGGUGUUCAGAUCUAAGUGCUUGGCUCUAUGGAUCAGUUGAUGAUUUCAUUUUUCAUCCUAUGAAUGACAUCAUAAUAUGUUUGACCCCUGUUUUCCUUUUACUGCGCACAGCAAUAUUCUCAGCAUCAUAUAGAAUUUAUGGUUUCUUUAUAAUUAUUUUUCAGCUGACAUAAAAUCCAUUUUUCUGAAAGAUAUUUUAAGGAAUGUCAUUUCUACUCAUUUUAUCCAAUACAUGUAUAAAAUAGAGAUAGAUCAUGCUCUUUAAUAAACUACUUCAUUCAUAAAAAAGCCCCCCACCCCCACCCCCCAAAACAAAAGUUUUUGUGGUAUGUUGGAGUAAAUUGUAAUCAAGCCUGUCUUUAUUCAACCUGUCCAACUUCUCUCCUUCCAGGUUACUUUAUGUUUUGGACAAGAUCAAGGUAAACAAAAUUAGAAAUAUUGAACUAGAACAUAAAUUUUUAAUGGAGAAACAGAAGAAAUGUGACUUUGUAGCUUUUCUUGCUAAUGUUAGUUUUUAUUGCGUGAUAUUUUGGUGACCUUAAAAGGCCUAUUUUAAAGGCCAAUAGGCCUCUUGUUGAAAUAUGAGUUUGUUAGAAUAGAUUUUUAUUUCCUUAAUAAAAAUACAAUAAGAAU